UAGCGUUUUCUCCAUAGUCCGCAAAUGCUCUAUCACAACUGCUUCAUGACAGACGGGGAGGGGGAAGCGAAGAACUGUAAGCCCCGGAUCCAUCUUCAAGAGAAAAUUGGAAAGAGAGACCGCGUCCCAGUUUUACUUCUUUUUAGCGGCAUCUUUCCGUGUGAUCCGUGUUAGGGAGCCCGAGGAGGGGGCUGUGUCACUGUCUGUAGGAUGUCCCGACAUGAAGGUGUGAGCUGUGACGCGUGUUUAAAAGGGAACUUCAGAGGGCGCCGCUACAAGUGUUUAAUCUGCUACGACUACGACCUGUGCGCCUCGUGCUACGAGACGGGGGCCACCACCACCAGACACACCACGGAACAUCCCAUGCAGUGCAUACUAACCAGGGUAGACUUUGAUCUGUACUAUGGCGGGGAGGCCUUUUCAGUAGAACAGCCCCAGUCGUUCACGUGUCCCUACUGUGGCAAGAUGGGCUACACAGAGACCUCCCUGCAGGAGCACGUUACCUCGGAGCACGCCGAGACCUCCACAGAGGUGAUCUGCCCCAUCUGCGCUGCCUUGCCCGGAGGCGACCCCAAUCAUGUGACCGACGACUUUGCCGCUCACCUCACACUUGAACACAGAGCACCUAGAGAUUUACCCCACGAUGAGACCAGCGGCGUGCGGCACGUGCGCCGGAUGUUCCACCCCGGCCGUGGGCUGGGGGGUCCGCGGGCCCGCCGGACCAACAUGCACUUUACCAGCAGCUCCACCGGGGGGCUCUCCUCCUCACAGAGCUCCUCCUACUCUCCAAGCAAUAGGGAAGCCAUGGACCCCAUAGCAGAGUUGUUGUCCCAGCUGUCGGGCGUGCGGCGCUCGGCGGGCGGCCAGCUCAACUCGUCGGGCCCGUCGGCCUCGCAGCUGCAGCAGCUGCAGAUGCAGCUCCAGCUGGAGCGCCAGCAGGCGCAGGCGGCGCGGCAGCAGCUGGAGACGGCGCGCAACGCCACGCGGCGCGGCAACCCCGGCAACAUCAGCGGCGGAGGGGGAGGAGGGGGAGGGGGAGGCGGGAGCGGAGCCGCGGCCAUCCCGCCCUCGUCCAACGCGGCCAACAACCCGGCCAGCCUGCCCGAGAGCAACGCGCUGGCCCAGCACACCUCCCAGUUCCUGCUCACACGGUUGAACGAGCCCAAGAUGACCGAGGCGGAGCGGCAGGCGCUGGAGGGCGAGCGAGCCGACCGCAGCCUGUUUGUGCAGGAGCUGCUGCUGUCCACGCUCAUGCGGGACGAGAGCUCCUCCUCGGACGAGGACGAGCGCCGAGACUUCGCCGACUUCGGGGCCAUGGGCUGCGUGGACAUCAUGCCGCUGGACGUGGCUCUGGAGAGCCUCAACCUGAAGAGCGGGAGCUCCGCGGGCAAGGAGCCUCCGCCCCCUCCUCUUUGAUGACGCCCCACCACCACCGCAACAACAGCAACCACAUCGCAGACUAUGUCCUCUGUGCUGUAACUGCCAAUGAUGACGAUGGUGGCGGCAUACUACAACAACAAUGACGACGACAACGACAUCAACAUAAACAACAACAACAACAACAACAAAAAAGAGAAAUGACAACAACAAAACAGCCCCCCUCCCCCCCUCCCUUGUUUUGUUUGCUUUUUAAUUUUUUCUUUUUUUGUUUUGUUUUUUUUUCCGUUGUUUUUCUUCUCGGGUUUGUUUUUGUUUUUUCUUUUCUUUUUUCGGUGAUUGUAAUUUCAGGUCUGUCACCUUUGUUACAUUGUAUAAAUCCAUAAUGGAGA